CCAUGUAGAAUUGUGAGGGGAUGCAAAUAUUGCAAAGCUGCUGGUGCCGCCUCUUGCUUGGGAAUAUCUAGUUGAUUUGAUAAGGAACCCAGGCCUGUUGUCUGAACCUGACUCCCUCUUGAAUGGCCUCUCAUCUAUGUCCAUUUCUUCACCACUGCGGCCACCAAAACACAACUCAGUUGAUGUUGUUCAUAACUUCAAGUCAUUGGCCAAGCAAUAUUUCCUUGAUUGCAAAUCGCUAAAUCUAAUGUUCAAUGAUCCAGCAGCAGCUAUUGACUUAGAUGCGGGCAUGGGAUCAAAUCGUGGUCAAAACUCAUCACAUGCGACAAAUAGUGAUUUGCAAACUACCUUGUCCCAUAUUAAGGGCGAUGCUGGUAGAGAUGGAAAUUUUAUAAGGCAAAGAAGUUUCCCUGAAGAUAUUCUGUCUGGACAAAGAGACCCCUUCAGCGAUGUAUCUCUCAGCAUAGAAGACUUGAUUAUUCCAUGGAGCGAACUUGCUGUGAGAGAGAAAAUCGGUGCUGGUUCUUUUGGAACUGUGCACCGUGCUGAUUGGAAUGGCUCGGAUGUUGCUGUUAAGAUUCUAAUGGAUCAGGAUCUCCACCCAGAGCGUCUCAAAGAGUUUCUAAGAGAGGUUGCAAUCAUGAAAAGUCUGCGACAUCCAAACAUUGUUCUUCUUAUGGGUGCUGUUACUCAGCCACCUAACCUUUCAAUUGUGACCGAAUAUCUAUCAAGAGGUAGCCUAUACAGACUUCUACACAGGCAUGGCGCAAGGGAAAAUCUAGAUGAGAGACGGUGCUUGAGUAUGGCUUUUGAUGUGGCAAAGGGGAUGAAUUAUCUUCAUAAGCGCAAUCCUCCAAUAGUCCAUCGAGAUCUGAAGUCACCAAACCUGUUGGUUGACAAAAAGUACACAGUGAAAGUUUGUGACUUUGGACUCUCUAGAUUGAAGGCAAACACAUUUUUGUCUUCCAAGACUGCAGCAGGGACUCCUGAGUGGAUGGCACCAGAAGUUCUACGUGAUGAGCCAUCAAACGAGAAGUCUGAUGUGUACAGCUUCGCUGUCAUCCUAUGGGAGCUUAUGACAUUGCAGAAACCAUGGAGUAAUUUAAAUCCAGCUCAGGUGGUAGCAGCCGUUGGUUUCAGGGGACGAAGGCCUGAGAUUCCAAGUAGUGUUGAUCCAAAAGUGGCAGCUAUAAUUGAAUCCUGCUGGGCCAAAGAACCCUGGAGAAGACCCUCUUUUGCUACUAUCAUGGAGUCCCUGAAACCACUUAUCAAGACGUUACCUCCUCAACUCCAAGAGGAAAAUUAGUUGCCGCCCAUGAGGUCCCUCCUGGUUCCUGGAUAUCCCAAACAUGUGAACAUUUUGAUAACUUACCCAGCAAAAAGUUGACUGUAUAUAUGAUCUAUUGAUUCUAGAGGUACAGCCCUUGUUAGCGCAUAGUUGCAUCUGUAUUGUUAUGUGUGGAAGUCAAUUAAAGUUAUAGUUCUUACAUAGGGCCACAUUUGUCAUUAGUUCCUUCAACAUAUGUAUUCACACUACAAAAAACAA